GCCUGUAAUAUGGGUAUCGAACAGCUGAUAUAGGAAUCUACACAAAUACAUAGAUAGAUACAUAAUAUCAAGACCCUAGUACAAAUAUCUGUCCCAUAGCCGGAAAUCGAAGCCGGGACCUUCGCUUAGCAGUCAGGGUCACUAACCACUACAACAUUCGGUCGUAUAAUGAGUUGACUCUGCCAACCACCCCGCAGGUUGCAUGAACGUACAGGCGUUUGAGUGGUUCUCCCAGCUCAAGUUCUCGUGGGAUCGAGAGCGCGAAGACUGCUACAUACGACAGACCAACACCACGUCUGUGUAUACUUACGAGUAUAUCGGCAACUCGGGACGGCUGGUUAUUACGCCGUUGACUGAUAGAUGCUACAUAACCCUCACAACAGCCCUGCAUCUCUUCCGCGGCGGCAGCCCCCAGGGCCCGGCCGGGACGGGCAAGACUGAGACGGUGAAGGACCUGGGCCGGGCGCUGGCGCGGUGGGUGGUCGUGACUAAUUGUAGCGACGGACUGGAUUAUAAGUCUAUGGCUAAGUGCUUCUCAGGCAUAGCUCAGAGCGGGUGCUGGGGCUGCUUCGACGAGUUCAACCGGAUCAACAUCGAGGUGCUGUCCGUGGUGGCGCAGCAGAUACUGUCCAUACUGCAGGCGCACGCCGCCGCACAGAGGAGGUUCAUGUUUGAAGGUGCAGAGAUCAAGUUAAACGGCAAUUGUGGCAUCUUCAUUACAAUGAAUCCUGGCUACGCCGGUCGUACGGAGCUCCCCGACAACCUCAAGUCCAUGUUCCGUCCCAUCGCCAUGUGUGUGCCGGACUCGCUCGUCAUAGCGGAGAACACGCUGUUCUCUGAUGGGUUUACCGCGUACAAGAUUAAUGCUAAGAAGGUAUUCACCCUAUACCAGCUAGCUGCCCAACAGUUGUCCAAACAAGAGCACUACGACUUCGGGCUGCGCUCCAUGGUGGCGUUACUUCGGGUGUAG